AUGCUACUAUCCAAAGAAAUGCUUAUUUUGGCCAUCCAGAAAGAAUCCUCGGCCUGGUUAAAUAUUCACGACCUCAUACAAAGAGAACUUGCCUUCCGUCGAGAUGAAAAGAAAUAUGACAAUAUACCCAGGAUCUUCGAAAUACCUAAAAUUAAUUUUGAAGCUAACGACUACAUUGACUGGCAAAAUACUGAAGACAUUAACCCUCCCGCAUUAUUCCAGUAUUUAGAUGAUGAGUUCAUGAAUUUUAUUGGAACAGGUGGCAUACUAAAUAUUUUAAAAUUCCUUUGCAACACUCAAAUAGUUGAACGACACAUAAAUCUUGUAAACGACGUAGAGAGUCUAGAAGAGAUGGAUAUAUUCGUUCUAAGAUAA